CAUAUUCAGAACAUUGUCAGUGGUCCUCUACUCAUGUAGGCUACGGAUGCUGAAGAACACCUGGAUGAAGGCAUCGAAGCUCGACGUUUCGAUUUUUUAACAUUUAUCUUAUAUAUUUUUUUUCUAUUUAGGCAACAACUAUGAAUUACUACAUUCUGUCCUUAAUAUGGGCGAUAACAUUACCUGCGUGCAUGGCCAUCCACGGAUUAUACAAUUUCGGUCAGCCCGAGUUAUUCUACAAAAAGAAUAACUGCAAACCCAUCCCGGCCAAUCUUCUCCUGUGCCAUGACAUCGAAUACACCGAGAUGCGCCUCCCGAAUCUUCUCGGGCACGAGACCAUGAACGAGGUUUUGCAGCAAGCCUCUUCGUGGAUUCCACUGGUCCAGAAGCAGUGUCACCCCGACACGAGAAAGUUUCUUUGCUCUCUCUUUGCACCGGUGUGUCUUGACGAUUUGGACGAGCCCAUCCAGCCGUGCAGGUCGUUGUGCGAGAGCGUCAAACACGGUUGCGCACCGGUGAUGUCCGCGUUCGGGUUCCCGUGGCCAGAUAUGCUUGACUGCGAGCGCUUCCCGCCCGACAAUGACCUGUGUAUUCCUUCAGCGGGCAUCGAUCAUUUCAUGCCAGUCACCAAAGAAGUGCCCAGAGUGUGUGAAGCCUGCAAGGAAAAGGAAGAAAACGACAAUGAAAUAGUUGACAACCUGUGCAAAAACGACUUUGCCCUGAAGAUCAAGGUAAAGGAGAUCUCCUACAUGAACGGCGACACCAAGAUCGUGCCUGAGACCAAGAGCAAGACCAUCUACAAGCUGAGCGGCGUGACGGAGCGCGACCUGCGCAAGACGGUGCUCUGGCUCAAGGAUGGCCUGCAGUGCGUGUGCGACGAGAUGAACGACAUCAACGCCUCCUACCUGGUCAUGGGCCAGAAGAUGGAUGGCCACCUGGUCAUCACCUCGCUCAAGCGCUGGCAGCGGGGCCAGCGUGAGUUCAAGAGGAUCUCGCGCAGCAUCCGCAAGCUGCAGUGCUGAGCGAAGCAAGACCAGAUUAGUUUUAUCUAGACUCAAAGAGCCGGUCUGGUCUGAUACCGAUGCAACUAGUUCUCUGUCAGUAUUGUUAAACGUCCUGUUUUUAGUACCAUGUUUAGCACUGCCAUAGGCUACUUUUAUUAGGAUCUCAUUUGAUCCAUCAAUAGUCCUUAUAAGACAAAACACAUCACAUUACAGUACAAUCAAAGACAAACAGGUCUGUCUACGGUCGGCCUACUACACAGUCCCACUUGGAAUGUCUGCAUAUUUCAGUGUUUCUGAAAAGAUUGAAAAUAAUUAGCUACCAGUCAUCCUUUUUUCGUUAUGCAAUGCAGUCUGUUAGACUACACUUAUCCAGACUUGAUGAUGAGGCUGGAUACAUUUAGUGCAUAGGCCUAUCAUUAGGUGAGAGGAGAGUGUGUGGUUUCUGUGUGCAUGAUGUGAUAUUGUUCACAUGUAUUCUUUACAAUAUAAUGUGCUUUUUUACGUAUUAAUUUUCUCAAGCAACGAGAGAUAGCUGGCUAUAUUCUCUGCAUUUUAGAUACUACUUCCAAUGUACCCCUGGCAUUGCAAGUUCAGCAGCCCAAAGCAAGGCCCAUUUCAUUGCAGUGACGAUUAUCAAUUAUUUGACCCUCUGCAGUCAAUGGACUAUGUCACCUUUUUGUAAGAGCCUCAAUACUGCACUGUUCCCUUUUCUACCACAAUUAUUGAUUAUGAAAUAUUUUUAUAUUUCAAGCUUUUUCAAGUUAGUUCCUUUGACAUUGGUGAUCACAUUUUGGAGUGCCGUCUACCACGCCAUUUCUGUUUCUCUUAACUUUUUAAUUAAGUUUCUUCUCACUAUGACAGCGUGUCUUAGGUAUGUUAACUAAGUAUAUAAGGAUUGUAUAUGAAUGGUCGAUUAAUGUUUUCAUUUUUUGGGUUGAAUGCAAAAAAAAAUGCAGCUGGAGUGUGUGUGUGUAAAAUAUUGUUUUAUACAGUACUCUGUAAAUAUCAGAUAAACAUUGUAUUCUUGUACAUAGUUUUGAGAGACAGCAGAAAUCGAGACACGUGUGAAUUCAGAUGGUGAUAAUUUUCAAAAAAUUACAACACUAAACAUAUAUUUGUAUAAUGCUAAUCUGAGAAGUGUAAUUCUUAUAUAUGAUCUGUUACUGCAUCUUUUGGUCCCUCUUAAUUAAAGGAAACAAAUCUUUGACUAAUCA